CAUAAAUAUUAAUUUAACACUAAUCAGAAAAGGAACAAUAUUUUGUAGAAAUUCAAAGAUUGAUGUUCAUUACAUGAGACGAAAUUGCUGAAACAAAUACUUGAACUAGAUUUCCUUAUCAUAUCUCAGUCUCCUUUUCAUUUAAAUAUAUUUAUAUACUCCAUUGACUCACCCUUUUUUUUUUUUAAUGAUAAAACAGACAUCAACUCCUACUACUAUUGAUGAUGCCAUGGAAGACGAAAUCUUUGCCAAGUUUGAGAAAUUGAUAAGUCUUCCCAUGUCAAGAGAAUCACGCCUUACAGGGAAAGGAAAAUCAGUGAUUGAGAGUACUGGCUCAGACUCACCAAUACCUAGCCCAGAACAGAUCAGCAUUGCUAUCCAGACCUUAGAAGGGCUUGUUAGUGGAGAUCCAACAAACUUCUAUCACCUUUCAGAUCAGUCAACCAUUAUCAACGCCGCUAAAAUCCUAAGUCACUCGCCAGAUUUAUCUGUAACUCAGAAGAAAUUCUGGACUAACUUCCCUUUUAUAUUCACGGAUUUUUGUAGGCGCUUUGCAGUCAAAUCAGAUGUUAUAGGGAAAGCUGAGUCUGCCCGUAAAACUGUGGAGGAUGAGACUGUAAUUUUGGUCAACAAGAAGGCAAAGUGUUUAUCCAUAAAGCAUGAUCAUGAGGCUCAAACUAAAUGCAUCCAGACCACCCAAGGUGAAAUCCAGCAUCUUGAGUCAGAGUUAUCCAGGCUCCAUGAGCAACUUUCUUUCCAAGAAGAAUGUGCAAAUACCUUAUCUGAUCAAAGGACUCAAGCAUUUGCUGAACUCAAUUCUCACAUUGAUCAUGUCGUCACUUUACAGCAGACUCUGGAGAGUUUGACAGACUCUGUCGACCAAGCUAAAGAGGAGCUCAUUCUCAUGAGGAUGGAAUGGAGUAAUUGGCACAGUCAUUUCCCUUAAGCCUAUUGCACAUCCUUUUCACUGUUUGGAUCAUUUCUGAUUUUGCAGCCUAUGGCUAUAGGCCACAUUAUGAACUUACUUUUGAACUUGUUGAUAUUCUCUCUUCUUGAAAAAUAAUUGUAGCAAGCUCUU